GCCAGCCAGAGGUGCUGCCCUCCGAACUAUUAAAAGUCACGUGUACGUCAAUUGCGUUUUCCAAAGAAAAUGCAUCAUGGACGUGAUUGAAGAAAGUUUGGUUUGUAGAGUUGAGCAGCUUGAGAAGCACGUGCGGGAAUGCGUGGGAACUCGUAAGCUCUGUUGUGGCUGGUCUGUGUUCGUGCAAGUGCAAGUGUUUGUUUGUGCACUAUGACAUGGUGCGAACAGCAUGUGGAUGUGAUUUCAUUUUAACGUUGGGCAUGUUUGGGUAAUUGUGCUUGAUGGUAAUGUUUAUGGGAAGAAAGUAAGAAACAAAUAAAAAUUAGAAUUUUUCAUAUCUAUUUUGUCUGAUAUAAGUGCUGGGUAUAUCAGAAGUGUUGGUCCAUAUACUUGCGAUUCCUUGUGCAAAGAUUCGGUAAAGUUUUGCAAUGGUUCGAAAAUUGAAGUUUCAUGAACAAAAAUUGUUGAAGAAAGUUGAUUUCAUUUCUUGGGAAUUGGAUAAUAAUCUCCAUGAAGUGAAGAUAAUGAGAAAAUACCACAUUAAGAAGAGAGAAGAUUAUGUGAAAUACAAGAAGUUAUCCUUCGAAGUGCGUGAAGUAGCUAGGAAAAUCAGAGACUUGGAUCCAAAGGACUCCUUUAGGACCGAGUAUAGUGCUUUGCUCCUUGAAAAAUUGUAUAUUAUUGGUCUUAUUCGUUCAAAAUGGGAUUUGGCGUUGUGUGACGAGGUUAAUGCAUCUUCCUUCUGCCGAAGACGACUUCCUGUUAUUAUGGCUAAAAAUAAAAUGGCACAGACCGUAAAAAUGGCUUCUCAAUUGAUUGAACAAGGCCAUGUGAGAGUUGGUGCUGAAAUUGUCAAAGAUCCAGCAUUUUUGGUCAAUCGGAAUUUAGAAGAUUUUGUGACGUGGGUUGACAGUUCUGCUAUUCGAAAACACGUUCUUGAAUAUAAUGAUAUUCGAGAUGAUUUUGAAAUGGCCUGAACUAGUGUUACUCUUUGGAACACGUUUAGUUGGAAACAUUGAAGAUCGAUGAACAGAAAUACUAAGCGUGGUAUGACCAAGAUUGUUGAAAUGUUCUGUGUAUAUUUAUAAAUUUGUUAAUAAAAGAUAUUACAAAAUUAUA